GGUUGUGCUGAGGAACGUAGGAAAAGACUUGGCAUUUGGAGGAGGUGGCUUUGAGCAAUUUUCCUGACCCCCCUCCAAUUUCUGACAUAUUCCCGUGCAUACACCUGGUGCAUAUGAUAGGCUAUUCCUGAUAGUAAAGAGAAUAAGAAAUACUCACUCUAUCCUUUCAAAAUAAGAAGAGAUCAAAAGAAAGUGGCCUAAGAAGGUUAAAGGCACUCCAGAUGGUUAAUGAACUGUCAAAUAUGAGCCCUUUCCAGAAAGCAUGUGGGACUCUCAGUAGUUUUCGUUGUUUACAACUUUUCAUUAAAAAAUUUUCCAUCCUUUGGUUGGAGAGGUGGAAUGUUUCAGUCACCCCUGAUUUUUCUCGUGAGACCUGACAGGUUUUACGUAAGACAUGAAUGUGGCUUGCUUGUGUUCGCUGCGUUUCUCUUGCAUGAGCUGGUUUCCACGUCACUGGGUUGGCCUGUGUGUUUUGCUUAUAUAACUCUUCUGAAAGUACCUUCUGUUUUAGGAGAGCCAAUUUUCAGCCAUACUUUUUAAGGGAAAUUUUGCAGGGCAAAUUAGCCUGGCUGGGUCUGAGCUCUUUAUUGUUGGAUACGUUGGAGUUCGGAAAGAGACUGAGAGAGAUGGACGUUCUUACUGGUCUUCUACUUCUAGUCCACCUGAUCCCGGUGUCGACAGCUAAGAAUGGAGUGAGUAGCAAGAGUCGAAAGAGAAUCAUGCCCAACCCGGUGACAGAGCCCCCAGUGAUGGACCCCAUUUACGAAGCUCUUCUGUACUGCAACAUCCCAAGUGUGCCUGAACGCAGCAUGGAAGGUCACGCACCGCAUCACUUUAAGCUGGUCUCAGUGCACGUGUUCAUCCGCCACGGGGACAGGUACCCACUGUAUGCCAUUCCCAAAACGAAGCAGCCAGAAAUCGACUGCACUCUGGUGGCUAACAGGAAACCGUAUCAUCCUAAACUGGAAGCUUUCGUUAGUCACAUGUCAAAAGGAUCCGGAGCCUCUUUCGAAAGCCCCUUACACUCCCUGCCUCUUUACCCCAAUCACCCGCUGUGUGAAAUGGGAGAGCUGACACAGACAGGAGUCGUGCAGCAUCUGCAGAAUGGUCAGCUACUGAGGGACAUCUAUCUGAAGAAACAUAAACUCCUGCCAAGUGACUGGUCCACAGACCACCUUUACUUGGAGACCACUGGGAAAAGCCGGACUCUACAAAGUGGGCUGGCCUUGCUUUAUGGCUUUCUCCCAGAUUUCGACUGGAAGAAGAUUUAUUUCAGGCACCAGCCAAGUGCUCUGUUCUGCUCUGGAAACUGCUAUUGCCCAGUGAGAAACCAGUAUCUGGAAAAGGAGCAGCGUCGUCAAUACCUCUUACGUUUGAAAAACAGCCAGCUGGAGAGGAUCUAUGGGGAGAUGGCCAAGAUUGUGGACAUCCCCACCAAGCAGCUCCGAGCCGCGAACCCCAUAGACUCCAUGCUCUGCCACUUCUGCCACAACGUCAGCUUCCCCUGCACCAGAAACGGCUGCAUUGAUAUGGAGCACUUCAAGGUGAUCAAGACACACCAGAUAGAGGAUGAGAGAGAGAGGCGGGAGAAGAAACUCUAUCUGGGGUACGCACUACUGGGUGCCCACCCCAUCCUGAAUCAAACCAUCAGCCGGAUGCAGCGUGCUGCAGAAGGCAGGAAAGAAGAGAUCUUUACCCUCUACUCUGCCCAUGAUGUCACUCUGUCACCAAUACUCAGUGCCUUGGGCCUUACGGAAGCCAGGUUCCCAAGGUUUGCAGCCAGGUUGAUCUUUGAGCUCUGGCAAGACAGAGAGAAGCCCAGUGAGCAUUCCGUCCGGAUUCUUUACAAUGGCAUCGACGUCACGUUCCACACCUCUUUCUGCCAGGAGCACAAGCGUUCUCACAAACCUAUGUGCCCCUUUGAAAACUUAGUCCGCUUUGUCCAAAAGGACAUGUUUGCAGCCCUGGGUAGCAGCAGUGCUAGUUAUUAUGAGGCGUGUCACAGGGAAGGAUUCUAAAAGGUACACGCUACCGUGCUUAUAAAAUCUAUGCCGGUACAGAAGAAAUGGGAAAGGUUCCUUUCUAGUUCUUUCCAUUGCUAAGGGUACAUGAUGUUGACUUUUAAAAAGGCUAGAAAUUCUACUUGGGUGCCAUAUAGAUGGUUUGGGCUGAAGAAGUAGUUUGCUGCUGUAAUCUGGUACGUGAGUUACUUGGUACAUAAUUGCCAGUUCACAGAGAAAGAUACUUGACCAUAGCCAGACUUUGUUUAGAAGGCCGGAAUAGUGUUUUGAUACCCAAAGAUGCCAACCCAAAUUUGUAUUCUUUCGGCCUGCCAGGGUACGAUAUGAUGGAACCAGCAAACCUCAGCCAAAAUUUUCUUAAUCCGGGACAGUCUUAUCUUGUCCUUGUUCAGUAAAAAAUUUCCUGAAGUGAUUUAUCUAAAAAUAGAGGUUGGCAAAUUUUCCCUGUCAAGGGCCAGAGAGUAAAUAUUUUAGACUUUGUAGCCCAGGCCACGUGUAUUCUCGGUCACAACUACCUAACCGCCGUGGUGGUGCAAAAGCACCCGUAGACAGUGCGGAAGCACGAGAGCGUGGCCGUGUCCCUAACACGGUACAGAACAGGUGGUAGCAGACACGGUCCCUGGGCUGUAGCUCGUCAACCCCGGGUGUUAAAGGGUCUCAACUACGGUUGCACGUUCAGCACUUUGAGAACUGAUUGAAUUCCAGGAAUUAUGCCUCAGCGGUGUCUCCCGUUAACUUCUGCUAGAAACACAGAAUGUGGUCUGUAUCUGACUUCGUGACCAAACUUGAGGGCCAAGAAACAUUGAAUCGGAAUGAAUCCGAGAAGAGCUAUUAGACUAAUACUUGAUGUUCAUGACGAUUGUGGUACAAGAUAGUGUGAAAUAUGUUUCCGGUUAUUUGUCUGCUGUAGUCUGUUUGCUGUGUAUGCUGAAAUUUUUGUAUCCCGCUUAGUAUUUUUAUAGUCUAGGGGAGUAUUUUCUAAGACCAGUUUUAGAUGUGUUCUCGUUCAUACAGUAAGAUUCAAUCUCCUGUACCUGCCUGGUGGUCAGAAGGGGGCCAGAAGCUGGAUUCCGGCACUUUCUCCCAAUAAAACUCAUGACGGCUCAUCCCCUUGGACAAACCAUAGAAUCGGAUCAAUUUUUAAACCAUUUUCGUCAGUUUCAAACUGUAAAUUCUAAUUGAUUUUUAAAUGUUUCUGGAAGCGCUUUGUUACUAGAUAGUUAAAUAAUCUUUGUAUUUUAUAAAUUAGAAGCAAUUACAAUUAAAUCUGUGAUUUCUGAACUAAUGGUGCUAGUUCUUUGUCAAAUAAUGUUUUAAGUGCAAGUGACGUUUUUCAGUAUCAUUGGCAUUCCAGCCUUUAUUUUGUUCAGCGUUGCACUUGAAUACGUGUUUCUAUUAAUAAAUUUUUGAAGAAUACUUGUACUCUACAACUAAUGGUCUGUACCUACAAAUCACUCUAGUUCUUUUCAAGUGAGAGCCGAUAUUUUUGAAAUUUAUCUUAACUGCUUUUAUUGCCAGAAAUUGUGUGUUAUCUUGCUAGUCUUUUAUGCCCCAUCGAUUUUUUUUUCUCCAACUCAUAAUAUAUCUGAAUUAGAUUAAGUCCCUCUUGAAGAUUUAAAACUGAGUCAGAACAUUUUUUUUUAAACCCAAUUACAACAUCUGUUGUAAGAGUAAACAUUUUGGAUAAGAGCCAACACUGAAGGGGUAGGUCUUGCCCCCAGGACACUGGAUAUGCACAGCAUUAAGUUAUCUUCCUCAAUACCAGGUUUUUGAGACACUUCAUUCAGUUGAUGAGCACUGAGCUGGAAUUAAUGGAUGGAGUCCUUGGUUUCUGGGCAAGGGUCUAAUAUGUUAAUUCAUGACAAGUGUGGGUGGAUACAUAUAUAUUUAGCUUUUCUGUUUUUCUGAUUAAAAUGAACACAUGCCCACUGGAAGAUAAUCAGGCAGUACUGAAAAACAGCCCCAAAGGUGAAGUUCUCUAAUCAUACAUCCAGAGAUGACCGUCUGCAGUUUGACAAAUAUUUUUCCAGAAAUUUCCCAUGCAGAUGCUGAAAUAGACAUCAUUUUUUCAUAGGAACAGGAUCAUUUUAUAUAUAUUGUUCUGUAACUUGCUUCCCUUAGCAAUAUAUUAACCUCUUUAACAGCAUGUCUUAAAAAAAUUUCUCAUUAACUGCUUCUCUUAACAGUAUGUCUUGGGGAUAUUUCCAUGUUGAGAUCUAUAUAUGGCUCUUUUUUAGCCACUGUGUGAUAAUUCAUGGUAUGGACGAGAUAUUUUGAGAAUUUCAUUAAAAAUGCAUGAAAUUGAAA